CAGCACAGGGUGGUUGUGCUGUCAACCUUCUGCCUUCUGUGAGGAAAGCACUGCUCCUCCCACCGGGCUCAGACCUGAGGGUGUUUGCUCCUGCCUCGCUCAGAAGCUGAGCACAGGUCCUGGAGGUGCCAUGCCUGCCCUGUGAUGCCACCUGGCACAGCUGUCCCAUGAUGCAGCCCUGAUCCCAUCACUCUCAGCGGUGGCACAGGAGCACACAGUAACAGGACCUGCCUCACUGCUGCUGCCUUGUUUGCAUUGGUGGAGCAUAAGGAGGCUGUGCUCACAGGCAGAGACAAAGGCACUGGGGUGCACAAGCGAUGGCCUUCCAGCGGAGCCACAAGCUGAACCUGCUGCGCAUUGCUGUGCUGCUCCUCGUGGCCUUGGCUGGCAUCAAGUUCCUCUUCCGUGACAGCUUAACCCUGCAGCUUCACAAGCACAUCAGCAAGGACAGCACAUUCUGGGGGGAUGCGCAGGACUCUGGCCCCCAAAGCCAGGCUGUGGAGGUCCAACCUGCAAAGAUCACGGCCCCAAGGCAGGGACCUAAGCAGCAGUUCCCCAAAGACCUCAGUGCCACCGAGAUGAGGCUCGUCCACCUGGACCUGAAGGGAGCUGCUCCCAGGGUCUCCUAUCUGGAGCAGCUGUUCCCACUCCUGUCCCAGCUGGGAGCCAAUGGGAUCCUGAUUGAAUACGAGGAUAUGUUCCCCUUCAAGGGGGAGCUGGAGGUCCUGAAGUCCCCCUAUGCUUACAGUGAGGAGGACGUUGAGUGGAUCCAGCAGCUGGCAGAGCUCCACAAGCUGGAGGUGGUUCCCCUGGUGCAGACCUUCGGUCAUGUAGAGUUCAUCCUCAAACACACCAAGUACCAGCACCUGCGGGAGGUGGAGCGCUUCCCCAACAGCUUCAACCCCCAUGUCCCGGACACCCUGGCAUUGCUCAAGGUCAUCCUAUCACAGGUGAUGGAGAAGCACAGGCGCUCCUCGUGGAUCCACAUUGGUGCAGAUGAGGUCUUCCACCUUGGGGAGGGAAAGGACUCCAGGAAUUGGAUGAGCCGCAACAAGGGUGACACAGGAACCAUAUACCUGAACCACAUCAAGGAGGUGCUGGACUUCAUCUCCACACAGUACCGGGGACUGCGGGUGCUCAUGUGGGAUGACAUGCUGAGGAAGAUCAGUGUGGGAGCCCUGCAGGAGUCUGGGAUAGCAAAGCAUGUCUCACCUGUGGUGUGGUUCUAUGCACCUGACUUUGACGCAGAGCAGAUUGGGCAGUUCAUCACCAAGUACCUGGAGAGCGGCUUUGAGGCCGUGUGGUUUGCCAGUGCCUUCAAGGGCACCACGGGCCCUACACAGAGCUGGCCCCCACUCAGCUCUCACCUGAAGAACCAGCUCAGCUGGCUGCGGGUGCGCGAGGCCAUGCCGCGCUUCGCCCCGCUGCGCUUCCAGGGCAUUGUCCUCACCGGAUGGCAGAGGUAUGACCACUACUCAGUGCUGUGUGAGCUGCUGCCUGUUGGCAUUCCUUCCUUGGCGAUAUGUCUCCAGACCCUGGUGAACGGGGGAUUCACGGAAGAGACGCGGAGAAAGGUGCUGGAGGUGUUGGGCUUCCACAGCAUGCAGCUGGAGCAGAGCACAUGUGAGGGAAGGGGAGCGUUCCCUGGGGCAGAAAUCUAUCACAUGGUGGAGCAGGUGAACAGACAGCUGAAGGAGAGCAUCACCAAAAUGCUGGAGGAGGAAAGUGCCAUCAAGGGCUGGUUCAGCCCCUACCACCGCAAGCACCAGUUUGGCAACCCUCGCAACAUGGAGAGCUUUGGCAGCAAGAUGCUCAAGCUCCAUGAAGAGUGGGAAAGCUUUGUCCGGGACCUGCAUGCCCGCCUGGAGAGUAUCUACUUCCCUGACACAGUGGAGGAGUGGAUGGAGGAGAAUGUCAACCCCUACCUGGACCCUCUGCGGGACCUAGUCCGGGAUUACCGUGCCAUCGUCCGCCUCAAUGCCCAGCCCAAGGCACCUUAGGGGCUGUGUUUCCCCAUGGACUGGGCAGUGGGGGCCAUGGGAAUGGUCUGUUUGCUGGCCUGCACCCUUCUUCUGUUCAAGGCAUGACUGUGGUUUGUUUUGUAC